AGGAUUCCACAGGAUGUCGGACGAAUGGGAACAGCUUACUGUAGAGUUGAGAAAAAUUCCACGUGGCACCGAAGCUGCACCACAGUAUUUGAGACAUUUAAUGAAAAUGUUUGUCGCUGACUUCGAAACUGCUGUAUCCAAAAGAUUCGAUGUAAAAUUCUGGAAUAAACUGAAAUCAAUGAUGGAUGAAAUAACAAAAGCAAUGGAAAAUGAUCGACUUGUUAAUCAUAAUGUUCAAAAUCUUGCAAUUGGAUUUUUGACUGAUUUAUCACUUCUUGUUCAUUAUCAUUAUGAAAUUCCAAAUUAUGGAAACGAUAUCUCAAAACAAUUAACAUGGACACCAGAUGUAUUUCUAAACAGAAAACCUAUCAAGUCGAAAAAGAAUAGUCGAGUGUUCAUGGCUUAUGUUCUGUUAAGAAUGGGAGAUUUAAUGAGAUAUAAGGAGAACUACCCAAAAGCUCAGGAAUAUUACGAGCAAUCAUGCCGCAUUAAUCCAGCUGAUGGAGCUGUCUGGAAUCAGCUAGGAUUGAUAUCUUCACUUGGUGCAAAAAACCUGGAAAGUGUCUAUUUUCAUACACGAGCUCUUCAUGCCACUAUGGAAUUCCCAACUGCUUCUGGUGGCUUAACGAAUAUUUUCAAAAAUUUUGCAAAUCGAGAUAUUUCAAGACCAAUGCCUAUUAAAGAUCUAUAUUUAUCCUGCCUAGGAAGAAUUCAUUUCCUUCUAGAAAUCGAAGAUUCUUCUGUGCACCUACAAAAAAUUGGAGAAGAAGCUGCAACUUCAAAAGAAAUGAUUGUUCCUCUAAUGUCUGUAUAUAAACAUCUCGAGGACGGAACUGAACUUGAACAACGAGCCGUAGAGUAUGUCAAAACUAUUUGGUGUACGGCCUACCGAAGUCUCCUGAAAACUUUGGAUGAUUAUAAGGAGGAAUCAAAAAAACUGGCAGAUGUUCCACAUCUUCUUCAUAUUCUGGCACUUUUACUCUGUGCACCUAAACUCCUUCGCGGUAUUGAAGACCAAACUGAAGAUGAAGUAACAUCAAUUUGCGAAUGGCUUCUAUGCGCAAAUUGUGAUGAGAAAAUCAAGGAUUCUGAUGCUUUUGGAUAUUUUCAUUGUCUUCAAAGAAUUCAAUAUCCACUCACUAGAACUCAAUUGGCUCAGAAAUUAGUUGAAAUAGAGGAUGAAGAUGAAUCUAAAGAUUCCGAUCAAUCAACAAUACCAGAAGAAGAUCAGAAAAGCCUUUCUACAGACACUUCAAGAAUUCAAAACGAGGAUUCGGAACCUGAAUCUGAAUCUGAAUCUUCGGAUGAGGAAGUUUUGCAACGUGGCCGUCGGCGUGGAAGAAAUCCGAAUCUAGACGAAUCAGUCGAAACGGAUGAAGAUGAAUUUUAAUGAUAUCAUAUUUUCGAGUGUAAUUGUGAUAUAAUUCCAUUGAUUCCAGAACAUAUUGUCAUAAUUUUUGGUUUU